AUUUUCUCGGUAUCCAAACGAUGGAGAAGGCAGUUCGCUGAAGCUUUUCUAGAUAAAUUUCAGUGUUCAAUGGCUCUGGUUCCGCCCAAUAUUACGGAAAUGCCACUGAGAAGCUCUCUUCCUCUGACCUCGAGCUCUCGCUACUGUUCGUCUCCUUCGCUCCACGCAUUGCUCUUCUAUUCCUUGUCUGCGAAACCCUCUCGUCCCAUUGUUCGGCAAUUCUCUUCGCUCCGUACGAGCGAGCGUAGCAGCAACAACAGGAGCCAUAACAACCGCCGAUUGGAUCAGCGACACUCUAAACCAACCCCUCCUUGGAUAGACAAGUGGCCUCCGUCAUCCGCCGGGGCCGGCGAUCAUUCCGGGAAGAAAGUCGCCGAACAAAACGGCGGAGGUAAAAUUCGGUCGGCGGAGGAAGAGGCGGAAGCGAAACGACGGUACUUGGAGAAGGAUAAAGGGCAUAGCGCGAUUGAGAGGAUCGUUCUUCGGCUACGGAACUUAGGAUUAGCCUCGGACGAUGAGGAUGAUGUGGAAGAUAACGAGGGAGACGGAAUUAACGGCGGAGAUGUGAAGCCGGUGACUGGAGAAGAGAGAUUGGGGGAUUUGUUGAAGAGAGAGUGGGUGAGGCCUGAUAUGAUGUUGGCUGAAGGAGAAGAAGAGAGUGACGAAGAUGAUGAUGUGUUGUUGCCAUGGGAGAAGAACGAGGAAGAACAAGCGGCGGAGAGGAUGGAAGGAGAUGGAGCGGCGGUGAAGAAGAGGAGAGCUAGAGCUCCGUCGCUGGCGGAGCUUACGGUUGAGGAUUCUGAGUUGCGGCGGCUGAGGAGAGACGGGAUGUAUCUGAGGGUAAGGAUCAGUAUUCCAAAAGCUGGGCUUACGCAGGCAGUGAUGGAGAAGAUUCAUGAUACGUGGAGGAAAGAAGAACUUGUGAGGCUCAAGUUCCAUGAAGUGCUUGCUCGCGACAUGAGGACGGCCCAUGAGAUAGUUGAGCGUCGAACUGGUGGAAUGGUGAUAUGGAGGGCAGGAAGUGUAAUGGUGGUUUAUCGUGGGCGUGACUAUCAAGGGCCUUCUAUGAUCUCUAAUCAAAUGGCCAGACCUGAAGAAACUCUUUUUGUUCCAGAUGUAUCUUCUGCUGGCGAUGAAGCAACAGGUUCCAAAGAUAAUCAAAGUGCACCUCCGGAAAUCAAAGAUCCAAUUGUCAGGAACCCGAUUCGCAAGGAGACUAUGACAGAAGAAGAAGCUGAAUUUAACAGUCUAUUAGACAGUUUAGGCCCACGUUUUCACGAGUGGUGGGGUACUGGGGUGCUACCUGUGAACGCUGACUUACUACCUCCUACAAUUCCUGGUUAUAAAACACCUUUCAGGCUUCUUCCUACUGGGAUGAGAUCAAAUUUGACCAAUGCCGAGAUGACAAAUCUCAGGAAGAUUGGUAAAACUCUCCCGUGCCAUUUUGCUCUUGGUAGAAACAGAAAUCACCAAGGAUUGGCAGCUGCUAUACUCAAGCUCUGGGAGAAAAGUCUGAUUGCAAAGAUCGCGGUGAAGCGAGGUAUCCAGAAUACAAAUAACAAACUGAUGGCGGAUGAGAUAAAGACAUUGACAGGGGGUGUCUUGCUGCUCAGAAACAAGUAUUACAUCGUAAUAUACCGUGGAAAGGACUUCCUUCCUUCUAGUGUCGCAGCUACUUUGGCAGAACGACAAGAAUUAACUAAAGAGAUUCAGGAUGUCGAAGAGAGAGUAAGAACUCGAGACAUUGAGACUUCUCAGCCUGUUGGAGAUACAGUACCGGCAGAAGCUGGAACUCUGGCCGAUAUCGAAGAGAGAGUAAAUAAUCGAGACAUUGAGGCUUCUCAGCCUGUUGGAGACAAAGUACCAGCGGAAGCUGGCACUCUGGCCGAAUUUUAUGAGGCUCAAGCCCGAUGGGGGAAAGAGAUAACUCCGGACCAUCGAGAAAAGAUGAUUGAAGAAGCUUCAAGAGUCGCAAGUGCCAGAGUUGUUAAACGAAUCCAGCACAAACUAAACCUUGCCCAAUCGAAAUUUCAUAGAGCAGAGAAAUUGUUGUCCAAAAUAGAAGCCUCCAUGAUUCCAAACGGACCUGAUUAUGAUCAAGAGGUCAUCUCUGAGGAAGAAAGAAUCAUGUUCCGGAAAGUGGGAUUGAAAAUGAAGUCAUACUUACCCUUAGGUAUUCGUGGUGUUUUCGAUGGGGUCAUCGAGAAUAUGCAUCUGCAUUGGAAGCAUAGAGAACUUGUGAAGCUUAUAUCGAAACAGAAGAGUCUUGCGUUUGUUGAGGACACGGCCCGGUUACUAGAGUACGAGAGCGGUGGAGUUCUUGUGGCAAUAGAAAAGGUUCCUAAAGGAUUUGCGCUUAUUUAUUACCGUGGAAAGAAUUACCAGAGACCAAUUAGCUUGAGACCAAGAAACCUUCUCACAAAAGCAAAAGCAUUGAAACGUUCCAUUGCAAUGCAACGCCAUGAGGCGCUUAGUCAGCACAUCUCUGAACUGGAGAAAACAAUAGAGCAAAUGCAGAACGAACUUACCGCAAAAAACCCGUCGUACAGUGAAUCCGAAUGGGAGAACGAAGAUGAUGAUGAUGACGAGGAGGAGGAGGAGAAAGAUGAUGUGGAGGAUGAUAGUGAUUGGGAUGAAGCUGAUGGUGAAUCGGCAAUUUCUAGUUUAGAAGAAGCUGAUUAUCCAUCACGCUAAGUGCUAACUAAUCUCAGUAGGGUGUAGCCGACGAGUCUGUCGGAGCUGUGUGACAGAAAUGAAUCUUUCCAUUGAUUGGUGAAGAAGAGAACGUGGAGAUUCAGAAUCAGGAGCCAGAGGUGAUUCAUCAGCAAUUUAUGUUAAGUAGCAAAGAGCAGAGCAGUCCUGUGGCAGAGGAGAUCUCGGAAUCAUGAAGAUUUGAACUAAGCCAAAGGGAGAAAAAAAAAACGCAUCAAUUUAUGAUUUUCUUUUACAAAAAUUGUAUGUUUUGUCAGUGUAUUAUCACUAUUUAAUAAAGUAUUUAACAAAUGUAUAUUGAUGUA